GAGGGGUUGGAAAUAAAUACAAAUAAAUGUUUGAUCGAAUAGAUGUUAAGUUAUUGUACAGAAUAUAGCAAUGAAAGUAUAUAGUGAUAGUAAUAAAACAGAACAUUUUUUUAUGUAAUCAUAUAGAAAGAUGACUGAAGAUUUAUUAUUUGAAGAAAAAAGAUUUCAUCGAUUAAAUAAAGAACUUGAGCAUAAAGCAAAUAAUUUGAUAACAAAAAUAGAUUCUGUUGUUAACACUUAUAACAAUGAAUGUCUAAAUAAUUCGAGGAAACAUUCUAUAAAUGUGACGAAAUGUGAAGAAAAAACAGCCUAUUUAAAUAGUAUAGAAAUGCAAAAUGGAAAUGAUUUUCAAGUGUCAGUUAAACGAAAUUCAUCUUUACCACAUAUUUUCGAUCAAUCCUCUACUUUGAAAUUAAAAGUAGAACCACAAAAGAAUAGUGAAGAUGAAACUUCUAAACAAAAAAAACUGGCAAACCAGACGGUUUUUAAUUUUUUAAAAGGUAAAGUAGAUAUAUUACACAAUGAGCUACAAACAAUGCGAAUUGAAUAUAAAAAACAGGUACCAAAAAUUCAUUGUGAUAUUUGCAAGAAUUUGGAAUCUGAAAAUAAGAAAGUUGAAAUUAAGUUAAAGACUGAAAUAGAAUCAUUAAGAGAAACUAUUGCAAAAUUAGAAAACAGUAAUAAGGAAUUGCAAUAUCAAUCACAAACAUUAAAUACAGAAAAUUCAGUUUUGAAGAAAGAUUUGGAUAAACUUCAAAAUCAGAUAAAGAUAACAAAUCAACAGUCCAAUAAUUGUAUUAUGAGAUUAAACAGAUCUUUGGAAAAUAAUGAUAAACUUAAAAGUGCACUAAAGUAUUCCGAAAUAGAGGAGAAGGAACUGAAAACUCAAAUUAGGAAGUUACAAGAAGAUAAAAAAUUAACAGUUAAUCAUUUGGGAAAGCAACUUUCUGAAUUAAUACAAGUGUUUAAAAAACAAAUGUUAAUUGUUCAUAACUUAAAGAAGCAAAAUGCAUGCUUACUGGCAGUUGGACAACUAAAAUUAACAAAAGAAGAUUUUUCAAGAUUGCUGGAUCAAAAACCUGAAAAUUUAUGAUAUAUUGCAUAUAAAACAUUUAUUAAAUGAUUACUAAUUCAUACAUUGCAAAAAAUGGAAUAAUUUCAUUUCAUAGCCAUAAAUAUUAUACAAUUUUAUAUUACAUGAUAUAAUUCUUAAUAUUUUUUAUGUGAAUUUGCGUUCUUUAAUAUAUUACCUGUCAUAUAUUAUGAAAUUUGAAAAUUUAGUAAUCUAAGCUUGAUGAUUUAUUUCAAUGUCUUUCUUUUUGUUUUAAUUCUCAGCCUAUGUAAUAAUAUAAAUAAUAAAUAAUUUGUAAAAUAUUAAUGGAAAUGAACUAUGAAAAUCAUGAGUUUCUAUAAAAAAAUCAUGUGUAUCAAUAUUUUUGUUUAACAUUUUCAAAACAUAAUGUAAUAUAAUCAUCAUACAAAGAUGUAAAAACUGAAUUAAUUUUAUUCAACAUAAUUUUCAACUCACUCAAUUUAUUUACAUUCAAGCUUUAUUUUGUGCAUAAAGAAUUUGAUUAAAAAUGAUGAAUCCCGGUUAAUACGUAAUAUAAAAAUUAACGAAAUUAAUUGCAUUCAUUUUAAAGUUUAAUGUUCAAACGUUCCAGAAAACACUGAUUAUUUUUUAUCAAAUGAUUUUUACAGAUUUCAUUUUCAUCCUCACUUAAACAAUAUACGCACUGUCGCAUAUUUUCUACGCUUAUAAAAAGCUUGAUGUCUUCUAAAUACUAUCACUUGAAAUUAGUUAAAUAAUGUCAAGUGUAACAAAAAAGUGAACGGAGAUGAUAUAUGUACUUUUAUUUUCCGUUUAACCAUUUCUGCAUAAUCUAAUUUGAAUAAUGUUUUAGUGUUUUACUAUUUAGAUCCUUAGUAUGUUUUGUUUAAUAAAAUAUAUUAAAUUAAUUGUUUUCUUUCUCUUUCUCUCUCUUUCACUCGUUCUCUCACUCUCUCUCUCUUUUAAUGCGAAGAUGCUAUUCUCAAAUGCUUUAUUAUAACUCUCUCUUCUCCCCUUUUUGAUGUCCCUCUUCUUUUUAUAAUUACAAUAACGUUUCGUUUUAAAAUUCUUAUCUUAUAACCCUUUUACACAUUGAGUUUUACAACUCAGCUUCAUAUAUAUGUGUACAUCGAAAUUUACUAUUCUUAUUAAAAUUAAAAUCAUUGAUACAUUAACAAUUUUCAUAUUGAAAUCGCUUAAAUUUAUAUUUAAAAUCAUAUUAUACCACAGAUUUCCGCAUUAUUUUAUAUUGCACUUUGAACAUCCAAUUUUUUUAAAUUCUAAAAAGUAUAAUGUUUAAUAAAAUAUUUGAAUAAUUCGUGCUAUAAGAUAUCACCAAUUACGAAAAAAUGAAAGAAAAAUAUUUUUUAUAUAAUAUAACACAAUGUACAUUUCUUUUGAAAAUCUUCAUAUAAGACAUCAUUUUCGAUUAUUUACUAUAAAGUAGCUGUGAAUGUAAUUAUACAAGUUUUCAAAUUUUAUGAAUCUUAAUAAAAAUUUACCUAAAUGUGAGUAUACUACUUACGAAAACAGAUCAACUUUCAUAUUAUUAGGGUAAACUUUUUUAUUCACUGGUAUAAAACUUUUUUCGUCAUACAAGUAAUUCUUAACCGUUGCAUUAAAAUGCAUUAUUAUUUUUAUAUUUAAAUUCAUGUAAAAUAUAGAUAAUUAAUGAAAUUACAUUUCUCUUUUACUUUUGAAAUUCAUAAAAAUUAUACACGAAUAACGCAUUUUAUAUUAUUUGAAGAAAAACAGAAAAAAAUAAUAAUAAUAAAAAGAAAUAGUACAUGUCCAGCCUCAUUUGUUAAUACAUAUUUUAUAAUGUGUCCUGAAACAUUAUUUUAUUCAAAAGUAUUUUAUUUAUUUUACUCUUACCACGCUUAAUUCUAAAUUUUUUUAUUUUUUUUCUUUUUUGAUUUAUUUUUUAUGAGUCCAUAAUUGUGAAAACAUAGUUGUUUUACUGUUCUUUAUAAUGUUGUGAAUAUAAAAGUUAGAUUCGUGCAUUUUUCGCUUCACAACACGAUAUCGUAUCAAAAACCAGUAAUAUUUAAAUUCACGUCAAAGGCAGCAUAGACAGUAAUACAUCUAGCAGCUUGACUAUGAAAUGAUUUUAUUAACAUAUUAUAAAAACCAGACUCUAAAUGCGACCAGAGGGACAACAUGGUACAAGGACAUCCAUGUACAAGGAGAAUGUAUGAGAUUCAAAUUUGAGACUUAAAUAAAUAUUGUGACAAUA